AGCAUGGUGCGGCGUGUGGCGGUGGUGGGCGCAGGCGCCAGCGGGCUGGCAGCCACCAAGAGCUGCCUGGACGAGGGGCUGGAGGCCACCUGCUUCGAGCAGAGCGAGGACAUCGGGGGGCUCUGGCGCUACACGGACCAGGCAGAGGAAGGCAGAGCCAGCAUCUACCGCACCGUCUUCACCAACUCCUGCAAAGAGAUGAUGUGUUACCCCGACUUCCCCUUCCCCGACAACCACCCCAACUACAUUCACAACGCUAGGCUCCAGCAGUACAUCCGCAAGUACGCCGAGCACUUUGACCUGCUCCAGCACAUACGGCUCAAGACCCUGGUCACCAAGAUUAAAAAACGCCCCGACUUUUCUGUGACGGGGCAAUGGGAGGUGGUGACCAAGAGAGAUGGGAAGGAAGAGACGACGGUUUUUGAUGCUGUUAUGGUUUGCUCUGGGCAUCACGUCUACCCAAACCUCCCCAUUGCCGACUUCCCAGGAAUACAGAAGUUCAAAGGCCACUACUUCCACAGCCGAGAGUACAAGGAGCCAGAGAAGUUCAGAGGGAAGAAGGUUCUGGUGAUAGGCUUGGGCAACUCUGGCUCGGACAUUGCUGUGGAGCUCAGCGCCGUGGCAUCGCAGGUCUACUUGAGCUCACGAAGCGGAUCCUGGGUGAUGAGCCGCGUCUGGGAAAAAGGCUACCCCUGGGACAUGCUGCUUGUCACGCGUUUCCGGGCCUGGCUGGAGAGCAUCCUCCCCACGGCGCUCAGCGACUGGCUCUAUGUGAGGACCAUGAACCGCUUCAAGCACGAGAACUUUGGCCUCAUGCCACUGAACAGAGCUUCCCGCAAGGAGCCGGUGUUCAACGACGAACUCCCGAGCCGCAUUGCCUGUGGCGUGGUGGUGAUAAAGCCAAAUGUAAAGGAGUUCAGAGAGACGUCCGUCCUGUUCCAGGAUGGGACUGUGCAGGAUGAUGUCGAUGUGGUCAUCUUUGCCACUGGUUACACUCAUGCCUAUCCUUUCAUGGAGGAUGAAUCCAUCAUCAAAAACAGGGACAAUGAGGUCACCCUCUACAAAGGCAUCCUCCCUCCUCACUUGGAGAAGCCAACCAUGGCAGUCAUUGGGCUCAUCCUGUCCCUCGGACCCAUCAUCCCAACAGCAGACCUCCAGAGCCGCUGGGCAGUCAAGGUGUUUCAGGGGCAGUGCAAGCUCCCCCCAGCCAGCGAGAUGAUGGAUGAUAUUGAUGAGAAGACGAGGAAGAAGGUUGCGUGCUUCGGGAACAGCACCACACUGCAGAUGGAUUAUAUCACCUACAUGGACGAGCUGGCCUCGGCCAUCGGCGUGAAGCCCAACAUGCCGAAGCUGCUGCUGACGGACCCGCGCCUGGCCUUGGAGAUCUUCUUCGGCCCCUGCACCCCUUACCAGUUUCGGCUGACGGGCCCAGGGAAGUGGAGCGGGGCCAGAGAUGCCAUCCUCACCCAGUGGGACCGGACGCUGCAGGCCACCCCUGAUGCCCCUACCGCCUUCCCCUGCCUGGCCGUGCUGGGGAUGCUCUUCCUCCCGCUGCUCCUCCUCCUCACCAUCCUGUACUGCUAG